GAGUUUUGUAGGAUAGACUUUGUAUUGGCUGCAGGGCUGCUUGCCCCCCUUUCUUCAUUUCUCUCUUAAAGAGAACCAGCAGGAAUAUAAAGCAGCUUUCAGAUCUCUCUGGACUGCUUGUUGGUGGGAACUGAGGAACCUUUUCUCUCUGUGUGUGCUGAGUCUUGCCGUGUACCUGGUCCUGUAGCAAAAAUGAGCGACCUGCUGGACGAUGGCUCUUUCAUGUUCACGUCGGAGUCCGUAGGAGAGGGACAUCCAGACAAAAUUUGUGACCAGAUCAGCGAUGCUGUCCUGGAUGCUCACCUGAACCAGGACCCAGAUGCCAAAGUGGCCUGUGAGACGGUGUGUAAGACUGGCAUGGUGUUGCUGUGUGGAGAGAUCACAUCUCGGGCCAACGUGGACUACCAGAAGGUGGUCAGAGACACCAUCAAACACAUCGGCUACGACAACUCCGACAAAGGCUUCGACUAUAAGACGUGUAAUGUGCUGGUGGCUCUGGAGCAGCAGAGUCCGGACAUUGCUCAGGGGGUCCAUGUUGACAGACAGGAGGAGGACAUUGGAGCGGGAGACCAGGGCCUGAUGUUCGGCUAUGCCACAGAUGAGACGGAGGAGUGCAUGCCUCUCACCAUCGUCUUGGCCCACAAACUCAACGCAAAGAUGGCCGAACUCAGACGCACCGGCAUCAUCCCCUGGCUGCGUCCUGACUCUAAAACACAGGUGACAGUACAUUAUGACCAGAGGGACGGAGCUGUCGUCCCCAAGAGAGUUCACACCAUCGUGAUCUCUGUCCAGCAUGAUGACCACAUCUCUCUGGAGGAACAGAAGAAGGUCCUAAAGGAGAAGGUGAUCUACACCGUGGUUCCUGCUAGAUAUUUGGAUGACAAGACCAUCUACCACCUCCAGCCAAGCGGUCGUUUCGUCAUUGGAGGACCCCAGGGUGAUGCUGGUGUGACAGGCAGGAAGAUCAUUGUAGACACAUACGGAGGUUGGGGAGCUCACGGUGGCGGAGCUUUCUCUGGCAAAGACUUCUCAAAGGUCGACCGCUCGGCUGCCUACGCGGCUCGCUGGGUGGCAAAAUCUCUGGUCAAAGCCAAACUGUGCAGGAGAGUUCUGGUUCAGGUGUCUUAUGCUAUUGGAGUGGCCCAGCCUCUGUCUAUCUCCUUGUUCACCUACGGUUCCUCUGAGAAAACAGAGACAGAGCUGCUGCAGAUUGUCAACAAGAACUUUGAUCUGCGGCCAGGAGUCAUUGUCAGGGAACUGAACCUGAAGAGGCCAAUCUACCAGAAAACAGCGUCCUAUGGCCACUUCGGCCGAGCAGAGUUUACUUGGGAGAUGCCCAAAAAGCUGGUCUUCUAAAUACUCCACCUGCUUGUCCUGAUCGAUAACUCUUCGUGGGCUACAACUGCCAACUCCAGCCACUGAUAGGACAUGUUUUAAUAGGACGAACUAAAGCCAAAGUUAGGGAUAAGUCAGCUUUAAAGAGGUGACAAGAUAAUUAUGAGAGUGGUUGUAGCCAGUGGACGUAAAAAUGGGACAUUCUCCCAAUAAGAAGAGAGGCCUUACAGAGGACAUCUCAGUAACCAAUCCUUUUCUAGCCCACAAAACAUCCAAUUAUUGGUGCUUUAGAAAUGUAGGAAUUAUCAUUAGUCAAAGCUCUUCCCUGGUUAUGUAAAGGAACGGCACAGCAAAUAAACUACUCUGAAAAUAAAUACUUAUACACCUCUACAAGCAGGGUGUUUUAUCUCAGAGCUGUGAACGUUCCUUUAUGAUGUACAGGAACAACCUCAGUGCUUGAUUUUCAAAAGGUGCUAUUGGCAACAGCAAGUAUUUCGUCAGUGACCAUCAUAUGAAUGUCAGAAGUGUAAUUAUUGCUCAACCAAAAGCUUGGCAUUAGGAGAAAAUUUAAUCUUUUUGUCAUGACUGUAAAAUGCUUUUUCUAAGUCUUAUUUUGUAACAUGUGCAACAGGAAGCUGUUUGCACUGUUACAAUCACCACUGUACAAGAUGACAGGUCACAUGGGGGAGAGCUUUUACCUCUUAAGCAUAAAAUAUGUUACAAUGAAUCAAAUGUAAAAUAGCCAUGCAGUCUUAUGUUUCCAUACUUCUUUUCUCUCCUUUCAGCUCGGCUUUCUUUUAAUAUCAACUUGCUUUUAUUGCUGCUCAGCUCACCUGCUGGCUGAUUUGUAUCUUCAUGUGUCUGUUUUAUAUUUUUACCUGCAGGCCUGCUGCUGUGACUGAGUCUGUAAAUGUGAUUCAUUUUAGCAAAUAACUAGAAGUCUGAACUCUGACUCUCACUCUUAGCAGUGAGCAUUUAGUGGACCACUGAUGUCUUACAAUCGCUGCAUUUUGUUUUAAGCCUGUGCUGUAUCUAAGUUAAUAUCUGACAGAGUACCUUGAUGCAGAUGCAGAUCUCCUCUCAUUUCCCCUUUAUAUCAUGGAGAUGUUUUGCCAAUUUCUUACUCAAUGUGAAGUUUGCUCUACCCAAAAACAACUUGGACUGAUGUCUAGUUACACUGCAGCCCUAUACAGCAGGCCAAGAUUGUCUCCAUGGAUUUAGAGGGAAACAGGGAGCGUUUAUUAAUAUAUUUCUCACAGGGCAUUUAGAAAAUUGAAUUUUAAGUCAGCUUUCGUCAUUGCUUAAUCACAAAGUAUUCAAUAUAAAUCUCCCCCUCUGAACCACUUCUGAGGGGAUUGAGGAAGUGUUAACAGUGCUCCCCUUAAAAUGUCACGUCUGUUUAGGUUUAGGACUUUUGUGGUGACAACCCGUGCUUUCCUCUACAGCAAACAUUGUUUUUGUAAGAGAGGUUUUCCUCUAUUUAAUGUGUUGAUCUGUUUGUUGGCAGAGAAACUGGACAAUGUAAAUAAUUAAACAAUGAAAGAAAAUUAAAGAUAUAAACAGUU